AUGUCCCCGCCGUCUCUACCUCCCCUUUCUCAAUAUGCCGACGUCAUCGACAUCAGCUGGAGGCAGAACCUCCGUUACGACCCCCGCCUCGGCGAUGAAGAUGAAGACCAGACCGCUUAUGGCUCCUACCACGGCCCCCACGACACCCCGCCCCUCCGCCAUGUCCGGAUUGAGACACCCUCCUGGGGCCCGGCAGGCUCGCAGGGUAGAUCCUCGCCCACCGAGACCGAAAAGCAGCCUCAGCAGCACGAAACCCAGUCUUUCGGGCACUUCAUGAACACGCUUCUCAAGACUGCUGUCAAGUACUUCCCCCUCGACCUCGCCUGGAUCCCCGCAAACUUCUCCUGGCCCAAGAUCAAGCCCGUCAUCCGUAGCUCCAUCAUGGCCUUCAUUUCAAUCAUCUUCAUGGUCCUAAGCUCUGUCGAGGGUGUCACCGGCCAGGUGACCGCGUUCCUCGACCCACCCAGCGAUCCUCUUAUCUCCGUCCUCGAGCGCGAACUCAUACUCGCUCUCUUCGUCACCAUCGGUUGGGCAUGGUCCGCUCUAGGAAUCUUCUUUGCUCACCUCGCCCGCGGCCAUACUGACUAUAACGCUACCCUGACGGAUGUGCUCUCCGGACAGUACAUCGAGGCGGGACCGACGGUUAUCUGCGCCGUAUGGGUAUUCUUCGGCGUCACCUUCUUCCUCUUCAUCAAGGUCAAGAAGGGUCCCGGCCCUUACCUCGUUCCAUCCGUCUUUGGUGCCAUCACCAUCGACAUCUCUUUCGUUACAGCUGUCCUCUUUCCGUAUCCCUAUUACACGAUCAGUCAGACGAUUGUCCUCCCCCUCGUGCUCCAUGCAGGCCUCUGUGUCGUGGCGAGCGCAACAAUCUUCCCGAGCACUAUCACAGCGCAGUACGCGGCUGCCCUUGCGCGCACGAUAGAGCCACUCGAAGCUGCACUUCGUGAACACCGCGCCGUACUGAAACUCGCCCCCUCCGGCUCCGAGUUUCCCGCUGCCGUACAGAAGAUCGGCGGCCUCGUCACCAAGGCGGAGGGCGGACUCGGUCCUGCGGCGGCCGCUCUGCGCCUCGUCAAGAACGACAUCGUCUGGGGACGGUUCGCUCCGGCGGAUAUCGGGCGCAUGCAGGAGUUCGGGCGACGUCUCGUCGUGCGCGCGAACGGUCUAGGUAUCUUCUUCACGCUCAUCGAACCGACGCGCGAACGCUUCCCCGUCACGCCUCUUCCUAGCAGACCGAGCACACCCUCCAUGACGCCAGUCAUGUCCCGCCAACAUUCGUUCACGCACCCCGGUAGCCCCGUGCUUGGGCCCAACUCGCCCGGUCCACGAUCAGACCCGGACUCCGCGGGCUGGGGUCGCAGCCCGCCGCCUUCUCGUCCCGAGAGUCCCGCCCUCGGUGCGGCUGAUUCGAAGGAACGCGGACGGCUUCGACACCGCAACGGCCGGUCGAAGACAAACCCAAAUGGGUCGAUGUCCUCUCUUCGGCUGACCAUCAGCCGGCACCUCCACCUCCGCCUGCGCAAGCCCGAGCACGAAGAAGAAAGCCAGAACGAACGGCUGCAUUUCUCCCUCCUCCACCUCGCUCACAACCUAUCUGUGCCGUCUGCGACUACGCCCGUCGGCGAGACGGCUGUGGCGGUGUUCGAGAGCCAGCGGUACCUCGCGCUUGAGGCAACGCGGCUGAGCCACCCGGACAGCCCCGAGGCGACGGAGACUUUCGUCUACCUGCUCGGCCUCGGCUGCGACGAGCUGCUGGGCGUGUGCGCGGAUGCGGUGGGCGAGGCGAGGGGGUGGGUCGCUGGCGCGCGGAGCGGGUGGUUCGAGGGGAAGAGCAGUGCAGAGCAGAGGAGGGCGGAGAGGGUGGGGAGGAUGGCGGAUGUGAGGUAUAAGGUGGACAGCGCGUUGAGUAGGUUUAGGAAGGAGUAUAGGUGCGUCGGGAUGCUGAAGAGACUCGCCCGUGUUACUGACGAGCGGCCCAUGCGUAGGCACAAGGUGCUCGAUCCGUACCGGUCGGCGUUCGAUCCCAGCCAUGUCGGUUCGCCUGGUGUGGACGCGACGUCCGAGCCACCGCCACAUCGAUACCUCUUCCAUUGCUAUGUGUAUCAAUACCACCUUAUCCAGUUCACCACGGUGGUUAUCGAAAUGAUCGACGCGAUCAUGUCUCUCGAGGAGAACAAGAAAAGGCCGCGUCUAUGGGGGCCGUUCAUGCCAGUGAACUACGACGCGACGGUCGAACUGGAGGGUAACGACGACGAGGAUCCAGACGCAAUACCCGGUAUGCAAACAGACUGGGACGAGGAUCUCGGCCAGCCAUCUCGCAGAGAUCCCGACGCGCUCCCGCCGCACACUCCCUUGGAGCACAUCAUGUCCUGGUUCCACACUCUACUGAUGGGGCUCACUGGCGGCAACAUGCUCUUCGCGCUGAAGGCGGGCACGCUCACCGUCCUCCUGUGCAUCCCGAACUUCCUCAAACACACGGCCCACUUCGCGUACGAGGAGCGGUUCGUCUGGGGCAUUUUCAUGGGACAGCUAACUCUAGCACGAUUCAGAGGCGACACGACGUUCGCGCUAUUCGCCCGUCUUCUUUGUACGUUUCUCGGCGGCGUCACGGGUAUGGUAGUCUGGUACAUCGCCGCGCAAAAGGGGAUCGGCAACGCCUAUGGUUACACCGCCGCCGUCGCUUUCUGCAUGCCGUUCUUCUACUACGGACGACUCUACUGGCCGGGUCCGCCGAUGAGCAACAUCAUCUUCUUCGUCACAGCCUGCCUGGUGCUCGGUUUCUCGUGGCAGAAUGCGCACUUCGCUGCGAUCUUUCACUUCUACGGCUGGGCACUCGCGUGGCGGCGGUUCGUGAUCGUCUGCGCGGGCGUCACGGCCGCGUUCAUCUUCAGUUUGCUCCCGCCGAGUACGACGCUGCGCAAGUACCAGCGGACGAUGCUGAGCACGACCACGGCGGAGCUGGGGAGUAUCUACUGCUCAAUCGUCAGUUUUGCGAACACGAGAGGACGGCAUGAAGUCAAUCGCGGCGAGAUCGUGCAGGCGCUGAUCGCUAUUCGCAUGAAGCUCAAGCGGUCAGUGGUGCUGAAGACGAACAUUAUCUACGAGUUCUCUCUGCGAGGCAAGUGGCCAGCGCAACGGUACCAGCGUAUCUUGGAGCUGCAAAUGCAGAUUGCUUUUUUACUUUCGCAUCUGAUGUCCGUCGUCGAACACCUCGAUCCGGCGUGGUCACGCGCUUUCCUCCGACGUACUCGUCUGCUCGAUGCGGAUUUUCAAGGAGACGUACUUGCUGUGAUCUGCAUGAUAUCGACUGCACUUCGUACCGGAACGCCUCUGCCGCAAGUUACGCCGUGCCCCCUCGUUGACCGCUUCAUGGUCUACACGCACGGUCUGAACAUCAUCCGGCAAGAAGCGGACGAUGACUACGGCUUGCCGCGGACUAUGACGAUCGAUACUUUGGAAAACGAGCAGUAUCUAUCGUUUGCGGUCGGUGUGACCACCGCGUUCGGUAUCAUCCUCCGCCUCGACAAGCUGAUGGUGGCCGCGAAGGAGCUCGUCGGCGAGCAGUACCAUAUCCACGGGAUCGGUAUCCCUGCGGAGGCGAGGACCUUCAUGGAAAAUACGCCAACGGACAAGAUCGGGAAGGAAAACUAA